AUGGACCGGGUUGGCGGAGGCGUGACGACGGCGCGGGAGCAGAGGGCGAGCGGCGAGCAGGCGACUGGCGGUGCGGCAGAGCGGCAGAGCGGCGGUGCGAUGGAGCGUUGGAUCGGAUGCGAUGCGUGGUGCAGAGCGUGGAUGUCGACAGUCACAGGAGCUCGACAGCUGGUACUCGCGACGGCUGCGCUAAUUGGCGCACCCGAGCUGGGCCCGAUAAAGAAGGGGCCAAGGGGCGCAGCUGACCCGGCGCCACCAGUUGUUCCAAGGUUGCUUUCGGCAUUCUACACGUCCCACUCCCUCCAUCAUGGUGAUGGCGACCGUCGUCACAUCGAGGUCGGCCCGUCUGUCAGCUUCGUAUCCAUGGGUCUCGCAGUACGCUCGAUUAUUCGAGCUGUUCGCCCAGGUCGACGCAGACUGCUCCUAUCGCCCGAGCUGCUCUACUGUCUCUGCCUGUUGCUGCUCCGGCCUGUUCCGCCACCGCGACGACGGCUCUCCUAUCAGCCCUCCACGCGGCUUGCGAGCAGCAAGAAACACCCGGAAUCCAUCACGAUAGCCGAGACUCGCAGCCAGCGCUGCGCCGUCGACCCAGGCCGCACAGUGGGGCACGCGUGA